UCAGAAUCGUCCAAAUAGUGGGAAUCGUUAUAGAUGUUCUUAAUUUUUAGACUCUUCAGAGUAUAUAUCUUUCAAUAAUCUUUAUUUUUACAGAAAUUAAUGUUGACCAUUAACUUUUUUUUUCCAACCUUCGAUUUGAAUUCCAUUGUUUAAUGUCUAGGAUCAUCAGAUCUAUGUGUAUCUAGAGUAUAAUUCCAUACACAGUGGUUCCCACUAUAUGGACAAUCCUGAUUGAAAGAUAACCCUACCACGUGUAAUACAGAAAUAUGGGCCUACCAUCUCACGUAUCUUCCGGCUCUACGGUAUCAUUUCCCCCCACUCAAGCAGGCCGGCUCGGGUUGGAGGUUAGAAUCCUACGCACCCGGUACACGUUAGCGUCUCCUCCCUCCGCCCCGAUUUCAAAUCGAAUACGCCAAUCGGAAAAAACGUGGGGCCCUGUCCCUUGCAUUUCUCUUUCUUCCAUCCAUCCCUACAAAAUUCAAGAGCGGAGAGAGAGAGAGAGAGAGAUGACGAUGGACAGAGAGAGAGAACGAGAAAUGGAGCUGGAGUGCGCAAUGUACACCAACUGCUUGCUCUUAGGCCUGGAUCCCUCCAUCAUCGGCAUCGGCGGCAGCAACGGAACUCCUCGCGUCGGCCUUUUCCGACAUUCAAACCCUAGGAUGGGAGAGCAGCUCCUGUAUUUCAUCCUAUCAGCCCUAAGAGGCCCAACUCAAUCCGCAAAGGAUUUUGACAAGGUGUGGCCGAUUUUUGAUUCAGCGCAAUCUCGCGAUUUCCGCAAGAUUGUGCAUGGGAUUAUCAACGAGCUUGAAUCUCAAGGAGCACUGCCAAGGAGCAAUUCGAGGGUUUCAUCUCUGGCGACUUGCUGUGGGCAAAGAUUUGUUGAGCUUUUGUGGCAACUUUCUUUGCAUGCUUUACGGGAGGUCCAUAGACGAACGUUUCCAGCUGAUGUGGCUUCUAAUCCACUUCCUGCUUCAUUAACAGAUGUGUCAUAUUCGCAUGCAGCUACUUUACUUCCAGUAACAAAGGCCAGGAUAGCCCUUGAACGAAGGAAGUUCAUUAAAAAUGCAAAUGCUGCUGUCCAUAGGCAAGCUACAUGGUCAAGCUUGGCCCAUGACAUAACUGCUGAGUUUCGUGGUCUUUGUGCUGAAGAGGCUUAUUUACAGCAAGAGCUGGAAAAACUACAGGAUCUGAGGAGCAAAGCAAAGUUGGAAGGAGAACCAUGGGAUGACCGUCUCUCUAAUUCCUUGGGUCAGAAUUCUCAUUUGGUCUCCAAGGCAACUCGUUUGUGGGAGUCCUUAUUAUCUCGUAAGAGUCAUCAUGAAGUUCUCGCUUCAGGUCCAAUUGAGGACUUAAUAGCUCACCGUGAGCAUAGGUACCGCAUCUCUGGAUCAUCUUUGCUUGCAGCUAUGGAUCAAAGUUCUCAUGUUCCUCAUCCCGAUGUAUUAUCGAUUCAACCUAGUGAUCUAAGUUCAGCUGACACGGAUGGUCAAGGACAGAUAGCUGAACCAUUUAUCAAUAUGAAUAGGGAAAAGGCAAAAAACAGUUUAGAUUCAACUCAUUCUAAAGGGAAUGAUGAAACCCUUCCUCGAGUGGAUGAUAGAAGUGGAAGAGUACACCCUAGUGUAGAUAUAGCAGAAGUUCUCAGGCGUUGGACACACGCUUUACAGCGGAUUCAUAAGCAGUCACUUCAUCUGGCCAAGACCAAUGAUGGAGAGGGUCCAGAGCUUCUACGAUGUGCAUCAGAUAGCGGUAGUAGUGGUCAUGCUGAAUCUUUGGCGGCAACCCUUGCAGAACAUCGUCAACACUUAGCAAGCAUACAGGUAUUUAUUAAUCAGUUGAAGGAGAUGGCUCCCGCAAUGGAAGAAUCAAUAAUGGAGCUCACUGACGAAGUGAAUAGUAUUUCCCCUGUUGUUCCUAUGGUCAGAUACGAUGGCAGAUCAAUGUCACCUAUCCAAGCCCAAAGCAGUGGAAGGGAUGUGGAUAAUAGCAUGGAUGAAGUCGGCGAAGUGACUUCCAAGUUUUCAUCUAUUCAGCUUGAGAAAAUCUCGACCAGCCCUGCUUUAAAACUCCCUCACUUGUUUAGUAUGGUACCAAAUUCCUCUACGAAAGCUGGAAAUGCCCAAAAGCAGCAUGCUAUAGCUCCUCAAGCCAAUCAGGUGGAAUAUUUGCCUGAAGGGAAAAUGCUAGACCAGCCUUUAUCUAAUGGUCACGUGGAUAAUCCAGUACAAGACAGCAACAAUUCUUAUGUUCAAAACAUAAGACGAUCUGUUCGUGAAGUUGCUCUCUCAGUGCAAUCCAACAAUCUAAAUUCGUCACAAGACAACAGUAAUGACAGUGCAGAACAUUUCUUUGUACCUCUCUCAACAAGUAGAUUUGUCCACAUGGGAGCAGACACCAAACCGGUUGCAAAUAGAAGCAAGCAGCGUUUGUUUGUUUCACCGCCAAAUUCCUCAGUGCUUAAGACUGUUGCUUCCAAACACAAUGCUAAUGGCUCACUUGAUAGCAAGGUCGAGGAAGUGCCAGAUGUGUUGGAGCACUCGAGUUUCCUCAAUGAGUAUGACAACCAAGUAGAUGGUUUUCUCUCAGGAGUUGGUUCAAAUCAUGCUGCCUGCGAUACACAAAGGAUGUUUUAUAAUAUGGAAGAUGCUCAGGAUCAAGUGUUUUCCCCUCCUUUACUAAUGGAGACAGAGUUCUUACCAGAUUCGUACGAGGACUUGCUCGCACCAUUGUCUGAAAUCGACACUGCUUUGAUGGAGCGCUGAUUCAGAAAAUGGGGUGACAUCAUUCCUGCUAAUGUUGGCUGCAGCUCAAGAAAUCAGAUUUAGAAGAUAGUGUAACAAUCUAUGCAGCUGAGAUGCUAAGCAGUGUGAUGAAUUGUGUUGUAAAUUAGACAGGCCUGUGAGAGAAUGAUUCAAAUGUCUUUCAAGGAGAAAGUGCGGAUGUUUGUAAUUUGUAUGUUUUUCUCAUAUUCAUUGUAAUGGGCUUCUUAGUUAUUUUUCUGUUCUGACA